AUAUAUUCCUUGUUUCACACGUUGGGGGAAAUACGCCAGGCAGUUGGAAUAUUCGCGCUUGUUGAGCAAGAAAACAUAAUCACCGUCGCAAGCUCUGAAUUGACAAAGGAAAUUUGCACAGUUGAGUUGCUUCACUAUAAUUUAUAUCGGUAGUUGUUGAAUUUACAAAGAAAGCGUUGUGAAUAGUUUUGAGAAAUGGCAGUGCUACCUCUAGUGAAACUGGGAACGCUGGUUUUGAAAACAGCGUGCAAACCCAUCGCCAAUAGAUUGAAGAAACAAGCUGGAUACCACCCUAAGUUCCGCAAUUUCAUCAUCAGCAUUGCUCAGGCCAAUCACAGGUUUACGACCAGAAUGCAGAGACGUAUUUAUGGUCAAGCUACUGAUGUCGCCAUACGCCCUCUCAAUGAGGAGAAGGCUGUCCAAGCUGCUGCUGAUCUCGCUGGAGAGCUCUUUGUUUUCACUGUUGCAGGAGUUGCUGUAAUCUUUGAGGUUCAAAGAAGUUCUAGAUCAGACGCAAGAAAGGAAGAACUACGCAGACAGGAAAUACAGGCAAUAAAGACUAGGAGUGAAGAAUUGGGCAGAGAAAUUGAACUUCUUGCACAAAAGCUUGAAGAGCUGGAACAACUUGCUAGAGGACGAGGACUUGCCGGAAUUCUCAACUUCAGACAUGCCCAUGCUGGUGAAGAUAAAAAAUCAAAAUCUAAUUGAUUGUUGCAUUUGUUAAGCAUUGCACACAGAUUUUGAUAUAAUGCUUUAGAAGUAUAGCUCUUUGGUUUGGAAAGAAACUGAAUUGAUAUUAAAAAUCAAAGAGGGACAUAAUAUAUUAGAGGGUAUAAAAAACAUUUCCAAAAGCAAUAUUUUAGAUUGGUGAGGGGCAUUGAGGAUAAGUCUUAUAACAUAUACCCAACCUCGAGAGAGAGAAAAAUGUAGAACACAAAUUUGUCAUGUGCUCUUGUUACAAAAUUUCUGAUAGUAUGUUUGGUUUCGGGAUUGGAUUGGCAAAAUCACAUUGAGCCACCACAACUUUGCCAAAGCUACAAUCCACCAUAAUUUAAAAAGGAUAGCUACAAAGUGUAGCUUCUGAAAAUCAGUUGUUUGCCGUGAUUUUGUCAAUUCCACCACGAAAUCAAACAUAUGUUAAGAAAGUCUCAAACCACCUUUGGCCAAAAACUACAAAAGAGUUAGAACCUUUCCUCCUGGUAGAAGCUAAUCACAGUUCUCAAUCCUCUGGAUCUUUUACAUUUCCCUCAUCUAAAAUUUUGUUUGUCACUCACUUGCUACUCUUCACAUCUGGCAAAUAAUUGACAGAAAACAAGUCCUAUGCCAUAAGUUGUUUUAAUGUAAUUUUGUAAUAAUUGUCUGAUAUUAUGUAAAACAAAUCAGAUAUAGUAUACUAUAGUUUCCUUGGCUUGCAUUUUCAA